AUGGCUGAUCUGAAACUUUCUUUCCUCGGAUUUUUAAUCAUCAACUCUUUUUUUCUUAAUUUAACUGGAAUAUUCACAAGUAACUGGGUAAUUGGAUCUUCGUGGAACCAAGGUCUUGUUUUGAAUGAUGACAACGUAAACUUCUUUGCCGCUAUAUUCAUGUUUGUGACCCUUGCCGUAUCGGUGAUUCUGGUGAUAAUGUACUCAUUCAUUUAUUUCCAAACGAGAGAUGGUGAUUAUCCAGAUGGACUGAGGAAAUGGUUCAGGAUUAACAGCUUGUUUUCAGUUGUGAAUGUUAUACUGACUUCUAUCGCGAUCAUUUUAGUGAGACCUGUCGCCUAUAGAAGCGAAUAUUAUACCUUGGGUUUCUCGGCAUGGCUUUGUUUGAUAUCAUCUCUUAUGGCUACUGCGAUUGCAGCAACAUCAGUAUACAUCGCAAGUGAAGAAUUUUAA